AUGGCUGAUUGGCCCCACAGUUUUGUAGAGGUUUGCAAGAAUGAGUCCAGCAAAUGCAAAUUCAUUUAUACAAUAAACUCAAUUGCGAGUACCAACUGCAACCAUAACAAAUUUUGCUCAUGGCCUGACCUAUCCAUACUGCAACGAGCCCACUCUCGCAAACUCUGUGCAGAACUCAAAAGACGUCAACAUCAAGGAGAUACUGACUUAUACAUUGACUACCACACUGAUUGCAUCAAAAAUGAGCGUCCUGGUGAUUGGGAUGUCUAUUAUCUACCUAUUCCCAAGAACUACCAACAUGUCCUGGCCUUGGCAUUUGCCAUUCAGGAGGUCAACACAGACCCACAGCUUCUCCCCAACAUCACCCUGGGCUUCCGCAUCUACCAAGAGAACCAGUAUGCAAGCAUGACUGAAGAGCUAGGGUAUCGCUUCUCUGACCCUGCUCUGAGGGAUAAGACUCAGUUCCCCACCUUCUACCAGAUCGAUCCCCAGUAUCACCUGCAGAAUGCAGCCAUUGUCCGACUCCUUCUGUAUUUCCAGUGGAAUUGGAUUGGGAUUGUUGUUCAGAAAUCAGAGAGCAGUGACCAUUUCAUCCAGAUUUUUGAUGCCACCCUGUCCCAGUAUGAUAUUUGCAUACAAUUUGUGGAACAGAUCUUGCCCGUAAUCUCAAUAUUGAAUAUAUUGCACAGGACUCAAAUAUAUAUGCUUCAGACAAUUUUGAACAGUGAUGCUCAGGUUGUGAUUAUUUCUGGGGACUCCAAUGCUCUGCAAAGCGUUAUAGUAUCCCUCUAUACUUAUGAAGAAGAGAACCAGGCUUCUUCUGGGAAGGUCUGGAUCCUGACCACCCAAUGGGAAUUUUCAGCUAUUGGCUAUCACUACGAUUGGGUGAAAUUAAAGUCCCUCCAUGGUGCUUUGUCUUUCACGGUCCACACAAACCCAGUGUCAGGAUUCAAAGAUUAUCUCUGGGCUCUGAAUCCACACGAACCUCACGGAAACGUCUUUCUCCCUGAAUGGUGGGAAGUUGUAUUUGACUGUGAUAUGUUGAAGGCAGGUGUGUCCUCACCUGGUGGCCGAAGGGUUUGCACAGGGCGGGAGAACCUGGACACCCUCCCGGCUUCUGUCUUUGAUGGAAAGAUGACUGGUUUCAGCUACAGCAUCUACAAUGCUGCCUAUUCUGUGGCACACGCAUUACAGGCUGCGUAUACAUGGGAAUCACGACGGAUCAACGCUUUCUUGAGAAACAUGGUUUUUAACAACACUGCUGGGAAUGAAGUCUCCUUUUCAGAAACUGGGAUGAAAUAUGAAGGAUUUGAUAUCCUCAACUGGGUCGUCUUUGCAAAUAUGACGAUCCUUCGAGAGAAAGUCGGAUGGGUCAAUUCCGAGGCUCGUUCAGCUGAAGGUUUCAGCAUCGAUCCUGAUGCCAUUGUGUGGGCCAACCAGACAAAGCCUUUCUCCCGAUGUGUGAAGCACUGCCUUCCAGGACAGGUCAGGAAAGUGGCAGAGGGGAGGCCCAUUUGCUGCUAUGAAUGUGUUUCUUGCCCAGAUGGGACCAUCUCUAAUCAAACAGAUGCAGUCCAGUGUGACCCUUGCCCAGAAGACCAAUAUCCCCAUGAGAGCAAGAACCAUUGCAUUGCCAAGAAGCUCCACUUCCUUGCCUAUCAAGAUAACUUGGGAUACGCUUUAGUUUCUCUCACUCUUUUUCUCUUUGUGACCACAUCUACAGUCUUUGUGGUUUUCCUUAAACAUCGUGACACACCAAUUGUCAAGGCCAACAACCGAGACCUCACCUACAUCCUCCUCGUGUCUCUGCUUCUCUGCUUCCUCUGCUCUUUCCUCUUCAUUGGUCGACCUGGGAAGCUCACCUGUCUCUUCCGACAAACUUCCUUUGCCAUUCUGUUUUCCCUUGCAGUUUCCUCUGUGUUGGCAAAAACUGUCAUGGUAGUUUUGGCCUUCAUGGCAACCAAACCAGGGAAUAGGACAAAUAAAUUCUUAGGAAAGCCUCUGACCAACUCUAUUGUCUCAGUCUGUCCCCUGGUCCAAGCAAUUAUUUGUGCAAUCUGGUUGGUAACCUAUCCCCCAUUUCCCAACUUGGACUUCCACUCCUUGGUUGGAGAGGCCAUCUUGGAAUGUAAUGAAGGCUUAGCAUCAAUGUUUUAUGCUGUCCUUGCCUUCCUGGGUUUCCUGGCUAUUAUCAGUUUCAUGGUGGCCUUUCUGGCUAGGAAGUUGCCCAACAGUUUUAACGAAGCCAAGUUCAUUACUUUUAGUAUGUUGGUCUUUUGCAGUGUUUGGAUCACCUUCCUCCCCACCUACCUGAGCACCAAAGGGAAGUCCAUGGUAGCUGUGGAAAUCUUCUCUAUCUUGGCCUCUGGGGCUGGUCUCUUGGCUUGCAUCUUUUUUCCCAAAUGUUAUAUUAUCCUACUGAGACCCCAUCUUAAUUGUAGAGAAAAUAUCAUGAGACACAAAAAUCUCUGA